AGUAUAGCCAAUUUAUUAUUUUUAGGCGCCAUCUACUUCACUUCACCAACUAUAAAUGCGGAUAAGCCUUUAAAACUCUUUCCAUUUACAACAUAAGGUAAUGUAUAUUGUACGUGAAAAAGUAUAUGUGAGACAACCAUUCAGUUAGAGAUAUAAAAAAUAUUUUAUUAUAGAAUAAAGUAGGGUUAUUCAAUUUUUUCGAUAGGAUUUUUUAUUUCGUGGUUAAUGGGUCGACGAUCAAGUGACGAGACUGACUAUGAUAUAGAUCUUGGAAAAAAUUCUGGAUUUUCUAGGUACGUAGAACGUCUGAAGUCAUUUUAAUUUGCAAAGCAGCUCUUUAUAGAAAUGAAAACAAAGAAUCUCGUCGCUCAAGAAGACAGAAGAGGCGCUCUAGAAGCAAUAGUCCGACGAGGAAAAACAAAAGGAACUCUCGUUCGCGCAGUAGAAGCAGACGAUAUGAUAGAAAAAGCUGAAUUAACUCUUCAAAAAGCUCUCUUUACUGCAAAGGCAACAGAUGAAGAUUUCUCAAUGAAUAAAUCUUUACCAACAGCAAUUGGGCCUUCCUUUAGUUUAUCAGCAUUGGAUAAUGAUGAAAGAUUUAAGAUAUUGGAGUCGGUUGAAUUAGGGGGAUUUCAUCAAUCAGCAUUUGUUGGCAGCAGAAAAAAGAAACCGAAACAUGAUUUUCAUGAGACUGUUUCUCAUGAAAAAGCUAUUUUCGGUAAUACGUUUGACGUAGGAUCUUCUUCAGUACAAACUGUAAGUGAGAUUGAAGAGGAGUUUGGAAUACGUUGGAAUAGAUGGCUAGAUGUUCUAAAGAAACUUCGCAGGCGGGAAGGCUUUUAG